UAUUUUUCUCUUUUUUUUUUUUCUUUUGUUGCAGCUGGUUUCCAAUGUUCUCAUCUUCUCCUGUACAAACAUUGUAGGCGUGUGUACCCACUACCCAGCAGAGGUGUCCCAAAGACAGGCUUUCCAGGAGACCAGGGAAUGCAUACAAGCCAGGCUGCAUUCUCAAAGGGAAAAUCAGCAGCAGGAGCGUCUCCUGCUCUCUGUACUUCCUCGACAUGUUGCCAUGGAGAUGAAAGCUGACAUUAAUGCCAAACAGGAAGAUAUGAUGUUUCAUAAGAUCUACAUCCAGAAGCAUGACAAUGUCAGCAUCCUAUUUGCGGAUAUUGAGGGUUUCACAAGUCUGGCCUCCCAGUGCACUGCUCAGGAGCUGGUCAUGACGCUGAACGAGCUCUUUGCCAGAUUUGAUAAGCUAGCAGCUGAGAACCACUGUUUACGUAUCAAGAUCCUGGGUGAUUGCUAUUACUGUGUGUCUGGUCUGCCAGAAGCAAGAGCUGACCAUGCACACUGCUGUGUUGAAAUGGGCAUGGAUAUGAUAGAGGCCAUCUCAUUAGUCCGGGAGGUGACAGGAGUAAAUGUCAACAUGAGGGUUGGUAUCCACAGUGGAAGAGUUCAUUGUGGGGUCUUGGGCCUUAGGAAGUGGCAAUUUGAUGUGUGGUCCAACGACGUUACGCUAGCCAACCACAUGGAAGCAGGGGGCAAAGCUGGGCGCAUCCACAUAACAAAAGCAACCCUGAACUAUCUCAAUGGAGACUAUGAGGUGGAGCUGGGCUUUGGAGGGGAACGCAACGCUUAUCUGAAAGAGCACAGUAUUGAGACCUUCUUGAUUGUACGGUGCAGUCAGAAACGGAAAGACGAGAAAGCCACAAUAGCCAAGAUGAACCGUCAGCGCGCUAAUUCCAUCAGCCAUAACCCACCACACUGGGGUGUUGACCGUCCCUUUUAUAACCACCUUGGAGCUCACCAGGUCUCCAAGGAGAUGAAGAGAAUGGGUUUUGAGGACCCCAAGGACAAGAAUACACAGGAAAGCAUGAACCCAGAAGAUGAAGUGGAUGAGUUUCUGGGCCGUGCCAUCGAUGCCAGAAGUAUUGACCGGUUACGCUCUGAGCACGUGCGCAAGUUCCUCUUAACAUUCAGGGAGCCUGACUUGGAGAAAAAGUACUCCAAGCAGGUGGAUGACAGGUUCGGAGCCUAUGUGGCUUGCGCCUCCCUAGUCUUCCUCUUCAUCUGCUUUGUUCAAAUUAUAAUCGUGCCACACUCUACGUUCAUGCUGGGUUUUUACCUGACCUGUUUCCUGAUCCUGACCACAGUGGUGUUUGUUUCGGUCAUUUACUCCUGUGUAAAGCUUUUCCCAGCUCCACUUCAGACUCUUUCUAAGAAGAUUGUACAGUCCAGGACCAAUAGUACCUUAGUUGGAGUCUUUGCCAUUAUCCUGGUUUUUCUGUCUGCCUUUGUCAACAUGUUCAUGUGCAGCACUGUGGAUCUUGCCAGCUGCAUGGCUGCAGAAUACAACAUCACUCCUGACCAGGUGGACAUAUGCCUUAUGAGCAACCUGACUUCCAACUACAGCCUGGGCACCUUGCAGGGAUUCUGUGACAGUCCUUUGCCCAACUGCAACUUUCCAGAGUACUUUACCUACAGUGUCUUAUUGAGUCUCCUGGCCUGCUCUGUGUUCCUUCAGAUCAGCUGUAUUGGAAAAUUGAUCCUUAUGUUAAUCAUUGAAUUUAUAUAUGUUCUCAUUGUGGAAGUGCCAGGGGUCAACCUUUUUGACAAUGCUGAUCUCCUGGUUACAGCUAACACCUACGUGUCUGUAAAUGCGACGUUAUCAUGCUCUCCAGCAAUGACACGAGUCGCGCUGAAGAUUGUGACCCCUGUCAUCAUUACCGUCUUUGUCCUGGCACUGUACUUGCAUGCGCAGCAAGUGGAAUCCACUGCAAGGCUUGAUUUCCUCUGGAAACUCCAGGCGACUGAAGAGAAGGAAGAAAUGGAGGAGCUGCAGGCCUAUAACAGACGCCUCCUUCACAACAUUUUGCCAAAGGACGUGGCAGCCCAUUUCUUGGCUCAGGAGCGGCGAAAUGAUGAACUGUACUACCAGUCCUGCGAGUGCGUGGCUGUCAUGUUCGCCUCCAUAAGCAACUUCUCAGAGUUUUACGUGGAGCUGGAGGCCAACAAUGAAGGGGUGGAGUGUCUGAGACUGCUCAACGAGAUCAUUGCCGAUUUUGAUGAAAUAAUAAGUGAGGACCAAUUUCGGCAGCUGGAGAAGAUCAAGACCAUUGGCAGUACAUAUAUGGCUGCAUCAGGCCUCAAUGAUUCCACUUACGACAAGGAAGGGAAGACGCAUAUCAAAGCUCUGGCUGAUUUUGCCAUGAGGUUAAUGGACCAAAUGAAAUACAUCAAUGAACAUUCAUUCAACAACUUCCAGAUGAAGAUAGGCCUCAAUAUUGGUCCUGUUGUAGCUGGGGUGAUAGGAGCACGCAAACCCCAGUAUGACAUAUGGGGCAAUACGGUGAAUGUAGCCAGCCGAAUGGACAGUACAGGUGUGCCUGACAGGAUUCAGGUAACCACGGACAUGUACCAGGUUCUAGCAGCCAACAACUAUCAGCUGGAAUAUCGAGGGGUCAUUAAGGUCAAAGGCAAAGGAGAAAUGACCACCUACUUUCUAAAUGAAGGGCCUCCAAUUAGUUAG